AUGUCAUCGGAUAGUGAUAGUGAGGAUGACAAUAGUUAUGAAACAAUGAGGAAUUUGGUUAUGCAUCAACAACAUAAUAUGAACAUGCUUUGUUCAGGUGCAGCAGUCAUAUUUGGCAAGUAUUGUGAAAGUUGGAUGAUGAAGGCUGAACCUCGGAAAUCUAUUUUGAGUGGAUUUGGAUGGCUUCAAGAGACUAUUGCCACACCGGGAGAGACCUACACAAUGUUGAGAAUGACGGCAAGUGUGUUCUUUGAUCUUCAUGACUUGUUGGUACGUAACUAUGGUCUAAAAGAAACAACAUUUGUUAGCACUUAUGAGUCUCUUGCUAUGUUCUUGUGGACAUUGGGAGGUUGUGAAUCAAAUAGAAGAACUCAAAAUCGCUCCAAACAUUCAGCGGAUACUAUCCAUCGUAAAUUCCAUGAGGUUCUACAAUGUGUAGUGAACAUGGCAUCUCACUACCUUAAGCCACAAGACCCAAACUUCCACAUUGUGCAUGAUCUAAUUAAAAAGGAUAGGAGGGCUUAUCCUCAUCUCAAAGAUUGCAUUGGUGCAAUUGAUGGGACUCAUAUAAGAGCUUCUAUUCCCGAUGGGCCACCAAAAGUUAGGUACAUUGGGAGGACAGGCAUGACAACUCAGAAUGUGAUGGCGGUAUGUGACUUCGAUAUGCACUUCACUUAUGCUUCAAUUGGGCAACCUGGUUCUAUGCACGAUACAAAUGUAUUAUACCAUGCAAUUGAGAAGGACAGGCCCACCUUCCCCCAUCCUCCAAAGGGCAAGUAUUACCUUGUAGAUGCCGGGUAUCCUAAUAGAGAUGGAUAUCUAGCACCAUACAAAGGAGAACGGUAUCAUGUCCCUGACUUCCAAAGAGGUUCACCUCCAAAUACUCCUAAGGAGAAGUUCAACAAGAUUCACUCUUCCAAACGCAAUUGCAUAGAGAGAACCUUUGGAGUGUGGAAAAUGAAAUGGCAAAUUCUCCUCAAGAUGCCAAACUACUCGUUCCAAACACAGAUGAAGAUUGUUGCAGCUACUAUGACAUUGCACAACUAUGUUCGCCUCCAUGACAAAGACGAUCUCCACUUUAUUCGAUGUGAAAGAGAUCCGGAUUAUGUGCCAACAAUUCCGGAUAGAUAUAAGAAGUAUGUUAUUCCUCCGAGUGCAUCGGAUGCUUCAACUUCAGAGGCAAGUGCUCCUGACAUGGAUAGGUUUAGGAAUGAACUAGCCACGGCCGUUGCUCUUGGUUGGUGAAGUCAUGCUUCUGGUCCAUACUAUUUGUUCCCUGUUUGAUUUGCAAACAUAUGCAAAUUUGAUGCAGCUUUUGUGGUACUGCAUAUGUCAAACCUUGUGGUUCUUCAUCUUAACUUGAGGGAAUU